AUGACUCAAGCAGUAUGGAAGUCGCCUUUGUUACCUGUUUUGGUUCAAGCAACGCCAUCCCAGCCAGACUCUCCUCAAGUUCACCCUAUUGGGAGCGGCGAGCGCUUCAAAGUUGAUAUCCUCCGAUAUUUGAGUGCAUACGAGAAACGAUUGAGAGGACUGACUACGCAACUUCGGGACUAUGAUUUCUCAAGUAUCAGAGCCGCGUUCAUUGGAAGUGCACCAUCACGACAGAAGCCCGCUGCAGUUAGCCCUUCGGUAACCUCCUUUGGGUGGCUAGGAUUGAGGGAGUCAGUGCUUGCAUCCCAUUCGGCAACAGCGGUAGCCAACUCCGGUGAACAGUCACCCUCCUCGACGCAAGCCUCAUCUUUCUUCGCCAAACGUGAGUCCAACGUAGGAAAGUCGCGAACUCCUAAGUACAGUGUCAUCUUCCCAACUCCAGAGGAAAUCCGGGGUUCUCUUGACGGCUACGCAUCUGGUGGGUCAAUUCAUUGGAAACUUCAAUCAGCGCAGCAGCAGAAACAACUGGAGUAUAUGCAUCCGAUGCUAUGCCACUGGAGUCACGCGUCUUCUUCGUCCUCGAAUGGUCCAGCAAGACAGGAAGCGCAUCGUGGCUCUGCGGCGCCACAUAUCAAAACAUACAUACGUUUCAGUGACGAAGAGCACAAGACUAUCGACUGGGCAAUGGUGACGAGCGCAAACCUGAGCAAGCAAGCGUGGGGCGAUGUGGUGAACAAGAAGGAUGAGAUCUGGAUACAGUCGUGGGAGGUAGGGGUUGUUGUCUGGCCUGCUUUGUGUGCUCAGACACAGGAGGAAGUCAUCAUGGUUCCUGUUUUUGGGGAGGAUAUGCCUGGUCCUGAGAGUCUCAAUGCUCUUGAUGAUAGUAGCAGCGGAACGGCAGCUGAAGAGAAGAAGACGACAGUCGUGGGUUGCCGCAUGGCAUACGACUUACCACUUCGUUCUUAUACGGCUGAUGAGAGGCCUUGGUGUGCUACUAUGCAAUACAUGGAGCCAGACAGAGAGGGGCACGCCUGGGCCGGCUAUGGACGUUGA